UGAAGCCACCCAACACUUACUACAAAUAUAGCCACGAUGCGUAGGCCACAAAAUGGCUCCACUCACUUUUCCCAAUGAAAAGCAAAUGGAUUUAGCAGUUUUAUCCCGAUGCGGGUGUCCUUCCUCUCUGUAAAGUCGUAAGUACCUUGAGGUGGGAGGAGUAAAUUCAGCCUGACACUGAGAGCGCUUUUGUUGAAACAGGAGAGACUUGCGGUGUCCCUACUUAAAUAUGACACAUGACGAUGGACAGGCCGCCCGCCCCGCCGCCCCCCAGUGACCCCCGCGAUGCCCGCCCCCCCCGGCGGCACGACUCGGAAGCGGAGACCACGAGCGAGCCGGAGAGCAGCCGCGGGGGCAUGGAGGCGCCGGCGGACCCCCAGCUGCUGCUCAACGGGGCGUCCAAGGAGGCGGGCCGGCCCUCCCCCGGGCCCCCCGCCGCCCCUGUGCCCGUCAUCGAGCUGGUGCGCCGGGGGGGCUCCCUGGACAUAAAAGGCCGGGAGGCGGCGGGAGAGGCGAUGCAGAGAGCGCCGGGUGCCGAGCCGUGCCGCGCCGCCGAGGCCGCCUGCGAGGCCCGCAUGGUGCAGCUGAGCCCCCCCGCGCUCCCGCUGCAGCCCCACGGCAGGGCCAUGCUCUACAACCUGGGCCAGCCGCUGGCCACCAUCAACAGCGGGUUUUUCGGCGAACCGGAUUCCUUCUCCAUGUACGGCAGCAACCGGGUGAAGCGGAGACCGUCUCCGUACGAGAUGGAGAUCACCGACGGUCCUCACACGAAGGUGGUUCGCCGCAUUUUUACCAACAGCCGGGAGAGGUGGAGACAGCAGAAUGUCAACGGAGCCUUUGCAGAGCUCCGCAAGCUCAUCCCCACCCACCCGCCCGACAAAAAACUGAGCAAGAACGAGAUCUUGCGCCUGGCUAUGAAGUACAUCAACUUCCUGGCCAAGCUGCUCAACGACCAGGAGGAAGAAGGAAACCAAAGGGGCAAAGUGAACAAAGACUCUGGGAUAGUCCAGGAAGACCUCCUGCAGGACAUGUUGUCUCCUAACUCUAGCUGUGGAAGCUCUUUAGACGGAGCGGCGAGCCCGGACAGCUUCACGGAAGAGCACGAAACGCUGGACUCGAAGCACACGCGGAGCCUGCACCACGCCAUCCUCCCCGUAGAAGGCAACGCGCAGCGGUGAUGACCUUGGCACUGCUCCCGAAGCACCAAGGGGGAGAGGCAAGGCCCGAGCGUGAGGAUGCUGGAACUUGUGCUCGCGGGAUCCGUGACUCUGCCUUUCCCCGGGAGCUCGGGCUCCCCGCUCUCCCCAGCCCGGGGCGGAGCGGCCGGAACGUUGGCUGAGGACGAGACCAACCCAGAUGGACGUUCAGUAUUUAGGUACGUGAUCGUACAAAGAAGAAAAGCAUUGAAGUCAUCUUCAUUGUACAUACUGCUCGUGUUGUGACCCUGAGGAGGGGGAGGAGACGUGGCCAGCGCCUCUCCAGCAUUUAGAGGGCUUUCAGACCGUUUGAUGACCAUUGCUUUUUAAACAGUCGCCUGGUUGAGGCAUGAAACUCCUCUUUCACUGCUGGCAGAGGCCACCGAUGCUUUCCUGCUCCACGUGGUGCUGGAGACUGCUGCAUCAUGCCAGUGCAGCACUUCUCCAGCCUGUGGCACACACAGCUGGUCUGAACAGGAGCUGGGGCCACGUGUUCCUGUUGUCCAAGAGCUUUUGUCUGUAUCUUUUUAAAGAGGUGAAAAAAUACCCUCAGCAAAAGAACUAUUAAAAGGAUUAAGACUAUUUCUUUCUCUCUUCUUUUUUUCUUUUUUUUUUUUUUUUUUCUUUUUUUCUUCCCCUUUCCUCCUUUCCCUUCUACCUAACUUUGAAUUGUUUGGGGUUGUAGUAUUUAUGACGUGGGAUUACUUCUGUUUAACACUGUCAUGCAGUAUCCAUUGAAUGAAAAGGUACAUAGGUGUUUUCUGCCACCCUCCCAGUCCCUAAUUCUUCUGCUGGUAACACUCAGCAGGUGAGCUCCAAGCCUGUUGUGGUCUACUAGAGCUUUCCCAGUGGUUUCUUAGGGCCAGAAUUUCUCUCAAGAAAGAUGAAUUUCGGAAUUGGUAAGGGAAAAAAAUACUUACUAGUGGAGUAUCUCCUUGGACUGGAGGAUUUUUAUGAUCAAAAAGCAACAAAAAGGCAAAAGGAGUCAGUGAUGUAUCAACAGUGUGCGUGUACAUAGGAAUAUAAAAGGGUUUUAAUGGUAUGCUUUGAAGUUUCUGAUUUUAUUGUGUGAAAAUGGUGGUGGUUCAGCUGUGCCAAUGCCCACAGUAUGGACCAUAGUGCUGGAUUUAUUCUGGCCUUAGGGAGGUCCUUACUGAUGAGACUGAACCUUGCAGGGGAAGCACUAACAACAGUGGUGGGAUUAGCCUCCAUUCCCAAGUGCUCAGGUUGCUGCAAAGUUGAUAUUUGUGACUGAGAUGGUCCUCUGAUCCCUGCUGCCCCCCCGGGAGGGUGUUUGGGAAACAGAAGGACUGAGGACCAGGAGGCUGCUGCUGUGGGGGCUGGGAGCUGAGGACCACCCUGUGCUAUCACCACAUCAAUCCCAUCAUUUCCCACCCACCCACCCAUUGCCUGAAGGGGCAAUUGCCCCAAGUCCAUCCUCUCCUUCUGCAGAGAAGGCACAGAAAUCUCUACAAUGCUACAGUAAAAAAAGCCCCAAAACCAACAAACCACACACAAACAUCCUUUGGAAGGGGAUAAAUCUUUUUAAGUGGGGACACCUUCCACCUCACUUGUUUCUUCCCAAGGAUGCUGAGGUACAAAGGAACACAGAGAAUUUAAGUGGGUGUCUGCAAGCCCAUCCAGGCUUAUUUCAGAGCUCUGUCAUUUCCAUCCCUGCCGGGUUCUGAUGCCUCUUUGUAAAUAAUAGUUAAGAGUCUGGCGUGUGGCUUGGCUUAUUAGGUGGAAUUAGUUGCCUGAGAAGGGAUCCUGGCCCAUGUAAGGAUUUCCAAGACCCCAAAUCUUGGAACGCACCAAUCUCCCCCAUCUUAAACUGGGGAAAAGGAGGAAAACUUCCUGGGUCUGGAUUGUCCAUGCAUGGGUUUUUUUACUAGAAAGGGUUACCUGCAGGGCUGUGCCAGGGAAGAGGUGCUGGCAGGUGACAAAGUGACACUGAGGAAGAGGUUUGGGCUGGUACUGGUGCCAGGGGUAGGAAAGGCAAGCACUGAGGGCUGCCAGGGGACCCUCUGGGGAGAGAGGGGGAUGCUGUCACACAGGUAAAGCCAUUCUUGGUCUCAAAAUAACCCUUUACAACCUUUUUAUUAAA